GGCAGGUCUCUCUUUGUUCUGAGCUGCCAGCAUAGUGCGCGGCACAACCCACCUCCUAUCUUGAGACGCAUAACAAAGCCUUAAAGCUCUCCCACUGGGCUCCUUCCUGGCUUCCCUUGACGCUCUUUGAAGGGGCCUUGGUCAGUUGAGUAGACGAGGCUAUUGCAUGGGAAACACGCAUGAUGAGCGUCCUUGUGAAAACGAGGGAGUUGCGCCCGAGUUCAACUUCGACCUCCCUCAGGAUCCUGGCCUAAAAGAAAUUCCAGUCCGUUAUGUUGUCCAUCAGCUAAAUCAACUCGCUCCACUGUAUUGGAAUCGGCCUCAAGUAGCCACCUGCGCAGUUCUGAUACCUCAGCCGAUACAAGUGGAGGUUCCGCCGCCUGGUAGGCGUCAACUGGCCAUGCUCACGACCAACGUGACAGGGUACCCUUUAGAAACCCGCAGGGGAAGUUACGCGGGUAUCAUACCAGACGCUCGUCGGAGGAUCAGUGCACCAACUCCUUCGAUAUUUCAGAGGACCCAGUCCCGCGUCCUUCUGUUACAUUCUGAGUUUCUUCUACCCCAGUCCACGUUAUUUCGUGCACUCUUUGCUCCCACAUCUAAUCUUUCUCUCUUCAUGCCAUCCAUCACCCCCAAGUUCGAUCCUCCAUGGACGCCUUUCCGCUGGCCUGCCCGCCGUACUCCUCGCCUCAUAACGUCCCGAUUCGGGCUCCCCUCGGCGCAAAUCCCUCUUCCUCAUCCUCCAUCCUUUCCCACACUGCUGCACUGGCUUUACUUUGGCGAUCGCUCUAAGUUAUCCGCAUAUGUCUUAGAUGGCCCUGCUCGGCCUAAAAUACACAUUGGCCGCUCUGUCCUUCCGCUUCCUACUCCACUUCCAUCGGCUCACUCUCCUGGGAGUGUUGAGGAACGGUGGCGUGGCCUUGUACUUAAUGCUGAAUAUCUGGGUCUCGAUGUGGAACUUCGGGCUUGGUUGAGUGAGUUCUGGGUCAAAGAAUUGGGCGGAUCGGUGCCGGAGUUUGUGGAAGAGCGAGACGAUUCUCGUGGUGAGAGAGCCAGGAGCCGCAGAUCCGACAGAAGGGGACAACUUUCUCCCGCUAGAGGAUUGAGUGUCAGCGAUACGAUGGAAGGAGAGCUCGCUAGACGAUUCUCUAUUAUGUGAUGAUCUGGAACUCGAAUUCCAAUCACUAACUUAUUGGAUACCUCCGGAAAAUGCUAGGCAAUCUCCUAUCAUUCCUUAUUCGUCACCUUUCCUCUCUUCGUCAUUUAUUGUUGAUUGCUUGGUGUUUCAACCUCUUCGCCGGAUUUGUACUU